UACCCCUCCAGUUUCUUUUUUCUUUUUUUCUCGACUUUUCAACUCUCUCAUCAACAUACAAAAAAAAAGACCGCCAGGGCAGCGAAGAAAAAGACACUCGACAGCCUCGCAGUCGCAGUCACUGCAGCCCAUCUCUCGUCUCUACUCCGUGUCUGCUCGCAUAGAGGCCUGUCUCUCGUUCAGCCCUGCUGGUUGUUGACGCUGUUUGCCAGCACUCACCCCGCACUGCGAUAACUAAAAAUAAUAAGAUAGAAAAGCUGCAUAAGGCAGACAGGUCAAGAUGCUCGACAUCGCUGACCUCAUCCCCGAGCGAGGAGGAGACCCAAAGAAGGUCAAGGAGAGCCAGAGAAGACGGUUUGCCUCUGAAGAGCUCGUCGACGAAGUUGUGGCCUUGUAUGAGGAUGCUCGCCGGACACGAUAUGAGGCUACGCAGGUCGGAUCAAGGAUCAAUGCCGUACAAAAGGAGAUUGGCAUGAAGAAGAGGAAUAAAGAGGACGCAACAGACCUGCUGGCGGAAAAGGCAAAGCUAGAAGAAGAGAAGAAAGCGAUCGAGGACCGAGCAGUACAGUGCGAGCAGCUUCGGGACCGCCGACUGAAGACAAUCGGAAACUACGUCGACGACUCCGUCCCCGUCGACAAGAACGAGGACAACAACGCCGUCCUCCGCACCUGGGCACCGCCAGACGUCAAGGUCGAGAAGCGAGACUGUCUCUCCCACCAUGAAGUGCUCUACCGGCUUGAUGGCUACGACCCAGAGCGAGGAGUCAAGAUCGUAGGACAUAGAGGAUACUGUCUGACGGGCUAUGGACUGUUCCUCAAUCUUGCGCUCGUCAACUACGGACUUGAAUUCCUGUUUAACAAGGGAUAUAAGCCCAAUCAGCCACCGCAUUUCAUGUUGAGGAAUUACAUGGCCAAGACAGCGCAGUUGGAGCAGUUCGAUGAGGAACUAUACAAGGUUACUGAGAGCGAAGAUCCAAGCACAGAUAAGUAUUUGAUUGCUACGUCUGAGCAGCCCUUGUCUGCCUUGCACGACGGAGAGUGGAUUUUGGAAAAGGAGCUUCCUAUAAAAUAUGCUGGAUACAGCACCUGUUACCGAAAGGAGGCUGGCGCCCACGGUAAAGACGCCUGGGGUAUCUUCCGAGUUCAUCAGUUCGAGAAGAUUGAGCAAUUCCUGAUAACGAAGCCAGAGGAGUCAUGGAAGGCCUUUGACGAGAUGAUCGAUACAUCUGAAGAAUUCUACAAGUCGCUCAAGAUUCCCUACCAGGUCAUUGCCAUCGUCUCUGGUGCCUUGAACAACGCUGCGUCCAAGAAGCUGGACCUGGAGGCAUGGUUCCCCUUCCAGGGAGAGUACAAGGAACUCGUCUCCUGCUCGAACUGUACCGACUAUCAGACCCGCGAGCUGGACAUCCGGUUCGGCUCGAAGAAGCUUACCGACGUCAAGAAGAACUACUGCCAUGCUCUCAACGCCACGCUGUGUGCCACCGAGCGAGCCCUAUGCUGUAUCCUGGAGAACUACCAGCAGGAAGACGUAAGUUUCGCCUAUCCCCCCCCACCUUUCUACCUCUUUGUGUCGUUGUUCUGACAUGUCCUAGGGUAUCAUCGUGCCAGAGGUCCUGCGCAAGUACAUCCCCGGCAACCCAGAGUUCCUCCCGUAUGUCAGGGAGCUGCCCAAGGACACCACCUCGCAGAAGGUCAAGGCCAAGGGAGGAAAAGCCGAUGCGGCAAAGGCGGACCUGGCCAAGGGCGUCGAGAACAUGAAGGUCUAACCAAUGUAUUUCGCCAGACUACGUACUUAGUGCCAUGCUGGACAACGAACAAGUAACAAACAACUGCCAAAAAAAGUACCGAAAGUAUUGUUAGUCGCAGCCUGCAUGAACUAGCGGCUUGUUCC